CAUAAAGGACAAUUUACAAAAGUUUGAUUUAAGUUUAAAACAUUAUGUUAAUAUGAAAAUUGAUUUUCAUCAUAUUGGUAUUGUGUUAGAUAUGCAAUGUCCUUGGGCAAAAUCAGUUCUGAAAAAUGCUUCUGAUAAUGAAAGGUUUGAUAAAGAAUAUCAUUGGUUAGUUUUCCGAGAACAAAAUUCGACAAAAAAUUUUUUGCAUGAUCUAAAUAUGCCAAUCAAUUCUGAUUUAUUGAUGAUACAACCUCAGAUAUUCACAAAUCAAUGGGUUUUGCAUGAAAUAUACAAUCCAGGGAUAUAUCAUGGCGGAUCAUUGAAAUAUUUAUAUUAUGGAACAUGGUGUUCUGAAAAUGGUUUUAAAAUCCAUGUAAAUGAUAAUUUGUAUAUUCGAAGACAAAAUACUGGUGGUCUAGAUUUACGUGCCGGUGUUGUUAUUCGCAGUAAACUUUUCGUUCCAGUUAUAGAUUAUUUGCAAAACAAAGGACAAAUAAAAUUUGAUGCUUAUACGAGAUCUCACCAUCAAAUUGUAAAAAACGUUGGAGAAACCUACAAUUUAAGAUUUAAAUAUAUACGUGUAGAAGAUUGGGUACACGGAAUAGUUGAAAAUUUAGUAGCCAAAAAACUUGAUAUUGGAAAUAGUGGAGUAUUUAUAGAUCCAGAGCGAGUUUCUAUGACUAGUAUUAGUCCAUUUGGCCUUUUUCCUUAUCGAAUAGUUUUUCUGUUUCGACAUCCAAAACCUAGCACUGGUGGUUUAAGUGAUACAUUUUUACGUCCAUUAACAUAUUCUGUGUGGGGGCUAAGUAUGAUUAGUGCAUUUGUAAUUAUUGUAUUGUUGAAAAUAACAGUAUUCACUGAAACACGUAAAUUAAUUAAAAAAUCAGAAUCAGAAAAUACUUGGAGUAUGGCAACGUUUGUUACAUUCGGAGCAAUACUUCAACAAGGCAUUGAGAGUACACCGCGUUUGUUUUCUGGUCGAGUGAUUGUGUAUAUUUUGCUUUUAUUUUCCGUACUUUUAUAUCAAUUUUAUUCAGCGAGUAUUGUAUCAUCUUUGUUAAUGGAACCACCAAAAACCAUAAAAACGCUCAAAGAUUUAUUAGACAGUUCUUUGGAAGUAGGAAUCAACAACGAACCAUAUAUUAUUAGUUGGUAUAAAAAUAUUAAGAGUCCAACAGAAAUACAAUUAUAUGAAAAGAAAAUAAUGCGUGAAAAUAAAUAUCCACCACAUAUGUAUCCAUUGUUAACUGGUCUUAGCAAAGUAAAGAAAGGCGGAUUUGCAUAUGAAUGUAUGGCAGAAUUUGCUAGUGGUUAUAUUUCUGUAAACUUAGGAUGGUCGGAACGUGAAAUAUGCGACUUGACACAGAUUCAAAUGCGUCCCGAACAAAGGUUAUAUUUUAUAAGUCAAAAAAAGUCACCGUUCAAGAAAUUAUUUCAUGUUGGGAUACUCAUGCAAGUGGAAAGGGGAAUUGCCAAACAAGAAACUACGAAAUGGUUACGAGAGAUAUCCCCAUGUACAUUAGAUUCAUUAAGUUCGUCGACAUUUAGUGUUAAUUUCGAUGAUAUAGCAAGUGCAUUUCUUGUCCUAGCGGUUGGUAUAAUCUACGAAUUAUUAUCACCAAUUGGCGGAGUUACAACUCCAAGCUAUCAAUUAUUGAUAACUGGGAGAGGCAACAGGCCAACUAGCGAUAAUAAUUCGCAAUAA